AUGGAUGAAGGAGUAGCUCUUUACCCACUUCAUCGUUGCAAAACCAUUCACCUGGUGAGACAUGCUCAGGGGAUCCAUAACGUGGCUGGAGAAAUAGACCACAGUGCUUACUCUUCUGAGGACUAUUUUGAUGCUCAUCUCACCCCUCUUGGUUGGCAACAGGUGGAUAAUCUACGAAACCAUGUUUUAGCCACUCAGCUCUUAAACAAGAUUGAUCUUGUCAUUGUUUCUCCUUUGCUUAGAACUAUACAAACAGCUGUUGGUGCUUUUGGAGGUGAACAGGAUACUAAUGGAGAGGCAUCACCGCCCCUAAUGGUUGCUAAUGCUGGGAGCAGUGAUCGCCCUGCGAUUUCAAGCUUAAAUAGCCCACCAUUUCUUGCUGUUGAGCUAUGCAGAGAAACUAUGGGUGAUCAUCCUUGUGAUAGGCGAAGAAGCGUCACAGAGUACAAGGCUCUCUUUCCUGCCAUUGAUUUCUCAAUUAUUGAGAACGAUAAGGAUGUUUUGUGGAAGCCUAGUCCAAGAGAGACCGUAGAAGAAGUUGCAGCUAGAGGUAGAGAGUUCAUCAACUGGCUAUGGACAAGGAAAGAGAAGGAGAUUGCAGUUGUAUCUCAUAGUGGCUUCUUGCACGGUGCCUUGAGCUCGUUCGGGAAAGAUUGUAGUGAAGACGUAAAGAAAGAGUUGUCUAUACACUUCAAGAACUGCGAGCUUCGUUCAGUGAUCAUCGUGGAUCAAGGGAAUCUUGGGACUAUUUCUGAAAAAACCACAAGCUAUCCUGGGAAGAUUCCUCAAGGACUUGAUCAUCCAAGCGGCUAA